AGAUGGUGGUGGUAACUAACAUUCGGCAGAUAUUUGUUCAAGAACAAGUACCCCCCGAAGAAGUAGAUACGAGAUGAUGGUUACGGAGGCACGACAUUUCUUUGGCGCAGGUGUGGUGGUUUGGUUGAUUCCAUGAGCCUUUCACGUCACAGUAGACUCUCAGCUCUUGAUUCAUGUCACUUUGUGUUUUUAUAACAGCUUUAUUGAUCCACGAAUGUCUAUUUUGGGAUUCUUCACGGGUGAAGGAAGGACCGAAUAAGAGGGGAACAGUCAAAUCUGUCUUUACUUUCCCUUGCUUUCUGACGACUGAUUGUCGAGUUCAUUUCUACCCCAACCUCUGCCCAUUGUGCUCUCCCCGAAAGUUCGGGAAAUGUAAUGAAAUAUUGAUACUUCCGUUCAAUAUUGCUUCUUUUAUUUGCGCAUAUCCUUUGAGUGUAUUUUCGAAAUCUUGGUAUUUUGUAAUUGGGGCGUGCUGUGAAUUUCAGCCGGAAGCACUCGCGCUGAAGAAGGGUAUCAGUGAAAAGAAAAUUUGUCAUCUGAGGACUUUAGGAUUUCAGCAAAGCUGAAGUCCUUUAAGUCAACAAUAGACUUGCCCGCUCCAGCAAUUCAAAUUG